GCAACGACAAAUUUAGGAGAAAAGCCAUGGAUGACAAUAAUCGGGGAAGCUUUAGAAACAAGUGGCCGGCGGAGCAGCCAACUGUGGCUUCAGCCUCCAGGACUGCACUCGCUAUCCCGUCCACAGAAAUCCUUGCCCGAACUGAAAGGAAUGGCUUUGCUUCAAAGGCAGCAGAGGCGAAUCUCCUCGCCCAGUUGCUCGAUCGCUCCCAUCUAAUAAUCUAUAAUAUCUCUCCUUCCUUGGUGCCUUGGUUGUGGUCCACUAUGGCAUGCCGCUGAGCCACUCCACGCGGAGUUUAAUGCCUCCUCGCGCUCCCCGUAAAGCGAAGUGUCAACUGCACUCUGCUUCCGGAGGGAGUUUCAACUAUGCACUCCAACCUUCUCCAAUUGUAAACUAUUCUUUGCUCUCUCCUCCCGGCUAGCGUUUCUCUUCUGCCUUUAUUUUAAGUUUGAAUCUGUCCAAUUGUGACCUUGGAAAAACUGAAGCAUUCGCAGUUACCAUUCUUGGGAGAUGAAUUUUUAGGCCGCUUUUGACUCGCCUUCUCUUUUCACUAUUUAUACCUCACUUCCCUUCCUCUGUUCCUUACCCACUGCAAAGCAGAAGAAGAGUUGACGGAGCCACAUGGACUGUGUAGAAGAUGUCGUCGAUCACAACAGCAGCAGCGGGAGCGAUCAGUUCCUCGCCUCGCCGCUCGUCAAGCGCAAGAGGACGAAACGGCAGAGGCCGCCCGCCACCGCCGUCGGCCCUGCCUCGUCCAUCUCGUCGGCGGAGCUUUCCAGCAGCACGGCCAUCACGGAGGAGGAUGAGGACAUGGCCAAUUGCCUCAUCCUUCUCGCUCAGGGACGUGCGGUGCAGAUUUCCGACGAGCCUAAGGAAGCCACGAUCGAUGCCAAGGGCAGCAGAGCCGAGGCCUACAAGUGCAAGACGUGCAACAAGUGUUUCCCCUCCUUCCAAGCUCUCGGAGGCCACCGCACCAGCCACAAGAAACCCAAGACGGCGGUCCUCCUCGACCGAGCCAAUAUCCCUGGCGCCGCACAGACAGAGGUUUUCCAGAUGACUGCCGGUUCUAUCACGGCGAGGCCGGUCGCGACGACAUCGAGCAACGGCGACGGAACCGGGAACAACAAGCCGAGAGUGCACGAGUGCUCCAUAUGUAGAGCGGAGUUCUCAUCCGGCCAGGCUCUCGGCGGCCACAUGCGGCGGCACCGCCCGCUGACUGCGCCGGCAGAUCCGAAGGAAAUAAAAAAAGACAGCAACGUCUUCUCCCUAGAUCUCAAUCUCCCCGCGCCGGCAGAAGACGACUGCGAGGCCGAGACGGCAAAGUCAUCAACGACGGAUUUCCCCUUUGAAAGCCGGCGACCGCUUGUCUUCUCGGCCUCGUCCCUGGUGGACUGUCAUUACUAAGCAAGCAGCACUUGUCAUGCAGCCAUUUCUCUUUGUUAAAUUUACAGGAACCUUGUGAAUUAUGCAUAUCCACAUAACACAAGUGAUUCUUUACAUUCUUUCAUGUUUUUUUUUUUAAAAAAAAUAUAUGUUUCAACACAAAUUGAGAAUGCGAUUGAACAUUUCAUGGUGCCAAAUUCUUGUUCUUGUACUCGAGGUGAGAUAUGCUUGCAAGAAUUGUCCGGUAGCAGGAAGUUUGGGAUGACCGAGUUAACUUGGCUUUCUUAGUCUUUGAUUGCUUUGGCUUCUCCACCACCACCAAGGAAAGUUAUGGAUCAGGUUCUCUCCCCAUGAGUUUGAUUUGUUCUGUAACCAAUCUAACCUCCCCCUCAUAUUAAAUGCCAAUGGAAUAAAAGCAGAGUUGAGGAAAAGGAAGUAGAUAGAUAGGUAACCCUCCCUGUCAAGAAAUCCAGCACACACUUGUACUAGAAAUGUAUGCAAGGCCUGCAACUGAGCAUAUGUCCAGACCCAUGCUUAUCUCCUUUAACUCACCUAACCCUGGA